AUGGCCGAUCGCUCCUCGUACCGGCACUCGAAUGCCUCGGAUUCCGACUCGCAACACACUUUCCAUGUCGCCCAACAUGCCCCCUCGAUACUGCCCAAACCACCGGCUCCCGCGGUCGUCCGACACUCGUCGGGGGACCUGAACGAGAAGCGAGAGAAUGGCAGCGACCAAGACCUCGAGAAGCAGGCCAACAGGUCGCCCCGCAGAAGUCCAGACAUGGCCGAGCGAUACAACCCGUACUUUGUUCAUUCUCCGUACGAUCAGUCAAGCAUGUCUUCGGCUGAAGACGAUCACCUGGUAGAUCAGCGUCUGCAUCUCGAGUCCAAGGCUAUCAAGAUAUUGGUAUGUCCAUCUAUCUAUAUUCCCAUAUCUUCUUGUGCUUACAUCUUCCAGCUGUACCUGUCUGGUCCUUGUGUCUUGGUUUCUUUUCUCCUCUGUAUCUGGUCUCUGGUCAUUACCUUCUUCACCGUUCUGACCUAUCCUCUACGACUCUUCUCAGCUUCUCGUCAACCCCUCUCAGACGAGCUUCGCUCUCUUCUCGCCCGCUCGAACCGUCUCCAACUCCGAGCAAUCUACUCUUUUGACAUUACUCAAGGAAAGAGUGUCUCGAGUCUACUACUGGUUCAUGUUCUCUCGCCCUUGGUCGCCAUGGUUGUGUCUCUCAGCGCCUGGGCGGUCGCAAUCUACUGGGUAUUCGCCGCCAUGAUUGGUGACCCUGACGGCACUGAAGGCGGAAAUGAUGGCAGAGCCACCGUUCUGGGUCUUCGAGCUUACUGGGAGAUGUGGCUCUGCAAGGCCAUGAUCCAAUAA